GGUGGGGUACGCUACGCACGCACUUACUUUCCAUUAUAAAACUACUUGUGACAAUGUCUUCUACUUCCUGUGUACCUUACUGCAAAGGCAAUUACAAAACUGGUCCAAGAGUGAGUGUAUACCGAUUCCCUGAACAGCCUGAGCUUCGGAGGAAAUGAUUACAAGCCAUCAGGAGGAAGCAUUUCACUCCAACUCAUCACAGCAGAACAUGUGUCAUUUGUUGUUGUCAUGAAAGAAGAGCAAGUCAAGGCUGCUGUCAGAGGGGGAAAGUACAGGAUUCCAGCCCCUGCCAGUCAUCUUCCAGCAAGAGAAAGCAAGUUGCCUGUAGUACCUCUGCACAAAACUCUCAGCCUAGAGACACCCUUGACACUGCCUGUGACAUCAACGCAUCCUCUGACUCCGUUUACACUUCUGCCUCAGACUGCUGUUCAGAUGGAUGAUUCACAGAAUUUGAGAAAGUUUAGCAAGCCGUCAGGAAUGAUGAGAAGUAGCCAGGGAGUUGGGAGGCUCCGUGGGCGGGCCCGGGGUAUCACAAGGGGAUCUGGCUCCACCACCAGCUUAUCCCGGCCAGGCACAGUGUCCUCGGGGUCAAGUAGAGGACGGUCUUCCUCAGUGGAUGAGGAGAGCAUAGAUUCUCCCAAGGUCCUCAGUCGGCCCAAACCAUCAAGGUACAGUUCAGUGCGUGCAAGAAUCCAGGUGCGCCGAGGCAGGCCAGUAAUGCGAGGCUUUGCCAAUGUAGGUGCCGUGUUUGGGGACAGCAAGAAGGAAGAACUGCACCCACAAAUUGUACGAAUGGCAAGAAGAUCAGGGCAGCUAAACCUUUCCAAUAAAGGAUUGGCAGUAGUUCCAGAGAAGGUGUACCGCAUCAAUGAGAUAGAUGCUGAGGAGGCCAAGAAGAUGACCAUGAACAUGACAAUGGACAGCAGUGAUGAUGACCGCUGGUGGGAGCAGGUUGACCUGACACGCCUCUACCUCUCCUCCAACCAGCUGUCAACUCUGUCCCCUGAGAUCAGCAAUCUUUCUGCCCUGCAGAUCCUGGAUCUUUCAGACAACAACCUCACUGCUCUGCCUUCAACCCUUGGUGAGCUAAUCAGCCUUCAGCGGCUCAACCUUAGCCACAAUCAGCUGCAGGAGUUGCCUGUAGGAGUGUUUGCUCUGCAGGACCUUCGCUCUUUGCAGCUCGAUCACAACAACUUCACUACUUUCCCUGAUGACUUGGGAAACUUGCCUGUCUUGGAGUACUUGGAUGUUUCUCACAACUCCCUUGAGAGUUUGCCCUUCAGCAUUGGUUAUCUGCAGAGGCUGUCAAAGUUUAAUGCUUCAGAAAAUGAGAUCAAGGAGCUCCCACCUGAAAUAGGGGAUUGUUUUGCACUGAGCCAGCUUGACAUGACUCAUAAUAAAUUAGAGUCUCUCCCUGACUCUAUUGGUAACCUGCGGAAGCUAGAGCAGCUCUAUCUUCGUCACAACCGACUGCGGAGUAUCCCUCCCCUACACAGCUGUGUGGCCAUGAAAGAACUCUACCUUGGAAACAAUUUCAUCAAGGAAAUGAGUGCAGAGCAGCUGGGUUACCUCAGUGGUGUCAGCAUCCUGGAUCUGCGUGACAACCAGAUGGAUGACCUGCCAGACCAGAUCACACUCCUGCAGGGCCUUGAACGCCUUGACAUCACCAACAACAACCUGUCCACGUUACCAUUCCACCUUGGUCUGCUGCCUCACCUCAAGUCCAUGCCCCUAGAAGGCAACCCAAUGCGCCUCAUACGGCGUGACAUCGUGCAGCGUGGCACUGUGCAACUGCUUAAGUACCUGCGCUCCAGAGUGUCGGCACCUGUGCACACAUUCCCUGGGUUUGAGAACACUCCUGCAGACACUAAUCUCCUUCUGGACAACAGCUCAAUUCCGGACAAGUACCAGAUGAAGAACACCCAAACUGUGUCGUAUAAUGAAAAGGUCUCUACAAUACCUGACCAACUGUUUGAGAAUGCUGCUGAAGCUGAAGUAAGGACAGUUGAUCUGAGCAAGAAUGUGCUCACUGAAGUUCCUGCCAAAUUAGAAAUGCUAUGCAGACAUGUGUCUGAAGUCAUGCUUGGUCAGAACAAGCUAACAACUUUUCCCUCGUGGAUUGGAAGGUUUCAUCGCCUGCAGUUUCUUGACCUCCAGAGUAACCAGCUUACUGACUUGCCCACAGACUUGGCCUCUUUGCUUUACCUUCGGGAAAUAAAUAUAACAUCCAAUAGGUUUGAGACCCUCCCAGCAUGUGUGUAUGAGAUGGAGCAGCUCGAGAUCCUGUGUGCAGCCAACAACCAGCUCAAACUGAUUUAUGUUGAAGGGUUGAGCAAACUAAAGCGUCUGGCAACACUGGACCUUCAUAACAACAAUAUUGACUUUGUUCCACCACAGCUUGGAAAUGUGACACAGCUCAGGACACUGGUGUUGCACGGGAAUCCCUUCAGGGUACCGCGCCGAGGCAUCCUGGACAAAGGGACACGAGAAACACUUGAAUACCUUCGCAGCAGAAUUGUGGAUGAGUGAACUGCAUCAUCCUUCAUACAAGCAGGCAGAAUUUACUUAUGUGUUCCCUCACAAACUGGAAGCUAAUCAAGCAUUAAUACAAGUAUUCCCCACUACACGAUUCACUCUUUUAUAAUAUUCCACUUUUAUGAUCUUUUUCUUUGUUACCUCUUGCCUGCUAAAUGAUCAGCUAUGCUUCAUUUUUAUGAUCACCAAAGUAUGAGCUCACUGUGACACUCUGCAGGCAAGUAGAACUGCAUUUGUUUGAAUAUAUCAGUAUGUAUCCAUGUAUAUAUUGUGAGCUCUUAUUCUUUGAUUAUUAUUAUUAUUAUUAUUAUUAUUGUUGUUAUUGUUAUUAUUAUUAUUAUUGUUAUUAUUAUUACCAUUAUCAAUUAUUAUGAUUUAUCCUCUGUGUUUUAUUUAUUAUGUUUAUUCAUAAUUUUAUAUGCAGGAUUAUUUAUGGUGCUAGUCUGUCACUAGCCAGUCUUUGCAGUGACUGUCAAGCUCUUGUCUUAAUGUAGCCUUGUUUCACAGUGGUUGUGGUUAUUCCAAUCCCUGGACUACUCUUAGGAACAGUGUGUGACCCAUGAGCAGUGACAGAAUGAUGGUAGCCUUGUGACAUGACAGACACCCGAGUCUAACUGUGACCAUCUGGCAAGGCACACACCCUGCCAGUGAACAGAGUGGCCCACCUGAUCCUGGAUGCAAACACAUGAAGAAUGAUAUAUACAAGUAAUAAAUAAUGAUAGUAAUAAUGAUAAUAAAAGAAAAUUGAAUUAUACACACUGUCACAAUGCUCCUUAGCCUCGGAAGGGUUCUCCAGCCUCAGGGGAAACAUGGACUCCACAUUGCAGUGAGAGUAAUUAGAAAAGUUAUUUUUGUGUAUUCUGUGUUAUUGCUUUAUUCUCAUGUUUAUUUUGUAAUAUAACAUGUUUUAUUACUUUAGGCAAUAACUGUAUUUAAAAUAUGAUAUUUUAUGGUUUUCAUGGGUUUUACUGGGCAUGUGUAUAAAGAUUUUGCCAGGCA